AUGACUGGGGAGAUAAUUACCCUUCAAAUUGGGCAAUGCGGCAACCAAGUUGGGAAGCAGUUUUGGUCGCAACUUAUCAAGGAACAUGGCAUUGACAAAGACGGACGAAGUGUGGUAGAUGAAAAAUUUAACGGUGGGAGUGUCCGGGAAGAUGAUCCUACAAUUUUUUUCCGCCAAAAUGAUAGCCAUCGUUUUACACCACGGGCAUUGAUGUUUGAUCUGGAACCAAGCGCGAUUGCAGGCGUGCAAAACACGUUUCCCGGGCUAUUUAACGAAAGAAACGUGUGGGUGUCUAAAGAAGAGCUGGGAGCUGGAAAUACGUGGUCAAAAGGCUACGAUUACGGGCUGGAAAACCAAGAAGAGUUCAUAAACAUGAUCGACAAGGAAAUAGACGCGACGGAGAAUUUCGAGGGUUUCCAACUUCUCCAUUCAGUUGCAGGAGGAACAGGCUCUGGUCUGGGCUCCAACUUUCUAGAGGCCCUUUCGGACAGAUACCACAAAAAAAUUGUCACCACAUACUCUGUGUUCCCCAGCAGCGAGUCGGAAGUGGUCAUUCAACCUUACAACACGAUCCUAACCCUGAGACGGCUGAUCGAAAAUAGCGACGCUUGCGUGGUUUUUGACAACAAUGCACUCCUAAAUCUAGCCACAAGGGUCUUUCGUGAUCGCAACACAAGCUACGAACAGACUAAUCAGCUCAUUGCUAGCGUCCUUUCUUCCGUCACCAACAGUCUGAGGUUUCCCAGCUACAUGUACAACUCACUUCCCAGCAUUUUCUCUACAGUAGUACCGACGGCAGAUUUGCAUUUCCUGGUACCCAGCUUCACACCAUUCACAGCAGAUUUCAUUCCCGGGGUAAGAGACUUCAAAAAAAGCUCAGCGUAUGAUGUUGUGCUUGAUUUGUUUGACAAGAACAAUGGAAUGGCUCUGCGAAGCAAUGAUACUCCUGUCUAUCUGAGUAUCUUCGAUUCAAUUAUCGGACCCGUCGACCAAACUGAUAUAACAAGAGCCAUAUUGAAGUCACAACAACGCAUAAAAUUCCCACAAUGGUCGCCUACUGCUCUACACGUAAAUGUGGGAAGAAAGUCCAUUUACAACGUGACGCCGGAUACCGACAGAGUUAGUGGCAUGAUGCUCGCGAAUACGAGCUCAGUAAACGCUCUACUGCAGAAUGCGUGUUCGAGCUUUGAUGUGCUGUUCCAAAGAGGUGCAUUCAUUCACAUGUACCAGAAUGGCAAAAUGUUUCAAAACGGCGUCGAUGAGUUUGUCGAAUCUCGAGAGGUUGUCCAAUCCUGCAUUGAUCAAUAUUUCGCCGCUGAGCAGGAGAACUUUCUGGACGAUGUUCUUAUCGAAGACGAAAAUAUGGUGGGUGAUGUGGAUGGCUUGGACGCCGAUGGUGAUAAUAUUAUUUGA